UAUAUUUAUUAAUAUGCAAUGCAUUCUUGUAAUAAUAAAUAUAAACUUGAUACAAAUUAAAUAAUGGAAACGAUACAGUGCGUGCCGAAUCCCACGUAAACGCAGUUCGCGGCACCGUGCGCCGCGGCCGGUCCGCCGCGCGUCGCCGCGCACCGCGUCCGCGCAGCCGAUCGAACAACGCCGUGUCGGUGGCGCCGCGACGGCCGCUUCCCGCACCGCGACACUCGCAUCUCCCGCGGGCCGCAUCCACCGCAUCCACUCGAAUCCAGUCGUGCCGUGGGGCCCACACCAUUCACGUCGAACCUUGCGCUCCGCGUACCGCUCGCCCAUAACCAAUUUGGUGGCCACAUCUGUGCUACUGCAAACGUUGUCUCGUCGCAUCGACGGACUAUACGCAUUCGCUUCAAAAACCGUCGAGGAUUUAGACGACGCGUGAGCCCGCGACCACAGUCCGGCGACGCUACGCCGUUCGCGUUUCGCCCGUUUCUGUUCCGUGAUCCAUGUAGGAGUCCCCAACGACUUGGCCGUCGCAGCGACCGUACAGUCUUUUUUACAUGGAGGAUUUAGGUGAUUCGGUGGUGCAGUGUUAGGUUAGAGGAUGCCGGCAACGUGACCCAGUGCGACCUAAUCGCUUGUUUUCUAUGGAUGUGCCCGGGCUGUGAUUCACUCUGUGCUACUCUUUAUAGUGUCCCCCCCGUGUUUACCAAAACCCAUCAUGGAUAUACUGCCGAGCGUCGACAUUUUCUCGGAGCUCCAGGACAUUCACGACACCGGCUACUUCUCCGUGCAGCCGUCCCUCGACGAUCGUUGGCAACAGACAUGCUAUGAAAUGGAAGGGUACCUAAAAGACGAACCAAAAAUGUCGUACAAGAAACUACCGUCUUCAGUAGAGAGGACGUCGUGGUACAAAGUGACCACCAUUGAGGACUACAACGAGGGUCAUCUAGACGCACUGAGUUCCGCGAGUUCACCCUGCUCGUGGGACGGCGCCCUCUCCUGUGCGGUCCUCGUCAAGCAGGAACCCAUCGACGACGAGGAAGAAGACGAUGGGUACGACAGCAGGGUGCACACGGACGGCAGCGACGCGCUGCAGCUGCGACUGGUCGCCCGCAACUCGGCGGCCACGCUGACGCCGCCCUCCAGCCCGGAAUCGGGGCCGGGCGGCGGCGGCGGCCACAACAGCAACGGCAGCUCGAGCGCCAGCGAGCUGGACGUGUGCGGCCUGCGGACGCUGAGCGCGGUGCCGCGCAACGCGAUCGUGAGGGUGCGGGCGUCCGGCGUCACCCGCUACAUCUCGGUGGUGCCGCGGGCGGCGCCCGCCAGCCCCGUGUCGUCGCCCGUUUCGACCACCGCCUCGACGAAGCACCACGCGCGCCUCGACCACUCGCCCGACUCGAAGCGGAGGAUACACAAGUGCCAAUUCAUCGGGUGCAAGAAGGUCUACACGAAGAGCUCGCAUCUGAAGGCGCACCAAAGAACACACACAGGUGAAAAGCCGUACAAGUGCUCGUGGGAGGGCUGCGAGUGGCGGUUCGCACGCAGCGACGAGCUGACCCGCCACUAUCGCAAGCACACGGGCGCCAAGCCGUUCAAGUGCCGCCACUGCGACCGGUGCUUCAGCCGCUCCGACCACCUGGCCCUGCACAUGAAGCGCCACUCCUAGACGACGGCCGCACGGGCCGCCGCCGCAUCACUGCCAGUUACCGCUACUUGUACAUAGAGGACACCAAGUUUACGUUUAUAUAAGUUUACAACAACCCUGACCCUAAGUCCCAUGUCCCCGCCCCCACCCCAAAUUGUUUUUGUUCUAAUUUGUGAUUAACCGUGCGCAGUGUGGACUUUGCUGGAGCGCAUGCGUCGCGACGGCGACCGACGCGCGGACGUCGGAAGCGGCCUUUACUGCGGUUUUAGGGUUGGUUCGCAAGGGGGCGUCAGUCGUGUUCGCUGGACGAAGUCGUUUUUUGUAAAUAAUGGUAGAUUUUUAAGAUGUUUCCAUGCUGAAAAUACGUCCGGUAUUCAAUUGUUUAUGAACUUAAAUGAAUAAAUUUCCUUU